CUGGCAACACUGAUAUACACUGAUAAACAUAAAUGGUGGUGUUCUGUAAUUCUACAUGCAUUACAAUAUUUGCUUAAUGUAAGGUUUAAAAAAAAUGGCUUUUACUUUGUGGAAUUUAUUUGAAGCUACGUUAUUGUGUUUAAAUGCUGUGUGUGUUCUCCAUGAAGAACGAUUUUUGGCGAAGGUGGGGUGGGGAGUGAACCACAGCGUCCAAGGCUUCGGGGAGGCGCCCACGGUGAAGUCCCAAAUCCUGAACCUGGUCCGGUCCAUACGCACCGUCAUGAGGAUCCCGCUGAUCUUCCUCAACGUCCUCACCAUCGUCUUCAAGCUCCUGCUCGGAUGACCCCCGCAGCGAGAGGCGUGAGCGGCCCGCGGACAUUCCGAGCGAGACUCUGUCGCCAGCUCAUUCCUAGCGAGGGACCUGUUUCCGAGCAUGCAUCUGCGUUGUGAGGUUGUGAGAGUGUUGUGGCCGCGGGAGAACUGUAUACAACCACCGUGGCAUUUUGUAAACAUUUGUAAGCUAUGUAUGAAUGAGUGCUAAAUAAUAUUGUUGAUCACUUGGU